CUUAGAUAACUUAAGCAAUGUGUGCGCGCACGACCAAACUCACCUGCGUGACGCUGACUCGCGUCUCCAAUAAAGUCUCUUCGCACUUAUCAGCGCGCGGUAAAAGUUUCGGAUAGUUUCGACGGUGCGCACCUCCUCGACCAUCCACACAAAAUUUUGGGGAUUAAUAUUUUUAUUUCGGCAUUGUGACUUUACACACGAAAUUUGUCUAGUUUUACAGUUGUUUUUAAGUACAGUUUAAUUGUGACUUACUGAACAUUCGCAGUGCUAUCCAACGGAAUUUUAAGCUUCAGAAUAAGAUCGAUUAAGUAUUACAUAUUUUCAAUAUGGCGCCGUACAAUCACGUGACCGUAACGACACCUCUACUAGAACCAGAAAUUUUGAAUCCGAAAGCAGUUGAUAGCGAAAUUAUUAAAAGAACAAUCACAACAAAAGAUGAAGUCUGCACUACUUCAAAAGAAGUCACACCAAGUGAAAGCCAAGAUAAAGUCGAUACGAAAACGGAACCGAAAAUUAAAGGAUAUAAGGGAAUUUUUGGAGAGUACCAGACCGAACUUGUCUGGCAUAAUAUUAUUCCAUUGACCCUACUUAAUUUUGUUACCGUCUUGGGCUGCUUUUAUUUUCCUUAUACGGAAGCAUGGAGAUCUGUUAUUUGGGGUUUUGUGGUUGGAAUAGCAGCCGGAUUUGGUGUGACAGGGGGAGUACAUAGAUAUUACUGCCAUCGAAGCUUUAAAGCAUCGAUACCUGUGCAAAUACUCUUUAUGAUUCUCUAUUCUGCAGCAGGACACAAUCCGAUUUUUGAAUGGGUAAGAGAUCACAGAGUACACCAUAAAUAUUCAGAAACAGAUGCUGAUCCUCACAACUCCAACCGUGGUUUGUUCUUCAGCCAUAUUGGUUGGCUUUUCCUGAAGAAACAUCCGGAAGUGUUGCGAAAAGGCAAACAAGUUGAUAUGAGCGACAUUUUGAACGAUCCCAUCGCUAGAUUUCAUGACAAGCAUUUCAUUAUUCUCCGAGUGUUUUUAUGCUUUUUGCUUCCAACAAUGGUCCCUGUUUACUGUUGGGGUGAAACUUGGAGCAACGCCAUUAUGACACAAUGCUUAGCGCGUUAUUGUUUUGUCUUGCACAUUACUUGGGCAGUGAAUUCUUUUGCUCAUAUGUAUGGUAGCAAACCAUAUGAUGCUACAAUUAAUCCUCGUGAAAACCGUUUGGUGGCGUUUGUUGCCAUGGGCGAAGGAUGGCACAACUUCCAUCACACCUUCCCAUGGGAUUACCGAGCGUCUGAACAUGGUUCCCUCAAUGGCACACUGCAUAUGCUAAACCUAUUCAAGAAAUGGGGACAUGUGUAUGAUACAAAGGAAGCGUCAGCGGAUCUGAUCAAGAAAGUAAUGGAGAACCGUGGUGAGGAAGCCAUGAGUGGUAAAGGACACUGUCACCCACCUAUGGUGGAAUACCAGGACGACCAGGGAUACUAAAACAGCAAUCAUCUUCUCUCUAAAUAUUUAAAAAUUAAAUAAAUAGGCAAUACAUAAUUCAGAAGCAGCCAAGAUCAAAAGCCGAAACUAUUUUGACAAUUUAGACAGCACAUUUCAUGAUAAAUCUACUUAUAAGCUCAAUAUUAUUAUUACUUUUGUGCAACACAAAUACAAAUUGAAUGUAUACUUGAUUUUAUAACUUAGUGAUAUAUAGGACGUAAACCUAACAUAAACAAAGAUUAUGAUUUCUGUAUAAUUAUAAUGACUACAAUAACUCUUUUUAGCUUUUUAGAUAGCUUUAAAACUGUCAAAAAUGUAGCUCAGUAGUUUAGUAUGAAUUUACUUUUGACUUUGAAGACAACUCGUAGGUUAUAUUCUAGUUUUAUGCAAUUAAUUAUUUCAAUUUGUCAAUGAAUUAUCAUUUGGUAAAUAAAUUUGUUUUUUAAUAA